AUGACUGGACGAUACGAACGGGUCAACACCCAGGAUCACGAAGAUCCUGAUACGCCCUCAACGCUGGGUGCCCAUGUGUCACCUCGCUCCCCACCGCCAUCGUUCCAUUCGCGAGCCUCGUCUCUCGAGCGACGGCGACAACAGAAUGUCGACGCAGCACUCGCCGAUGCAUUCGACACGGAAGGCGACGACAGCGAUGAUGAACCGGACGACAGACAACGAUUAGUACGAGGCAACUCGUUCCCUAUAUCGAAUGGUUCCACACCAAAUACAACAGGUGCCGACUCUAGACCAGCGGCCCCCGCCCAACAGUGGACUCAGUCGUCGCACCCUUCUGCGGCAUCAAGUACGGCACCAAUCCAGACGCCUUCUUCACAAGCACAACUUUUGGGGUAUGGCGGUGGCAUCCAGUCCGACGGCGUAUUCUCAAAUAUGAUGGCAAGGCCAGAACGAGGGGAAAAAAUUGUAGAAGAACAGCCUCCUACGUAUGAACAAGCAGCAGCAGAUGCCGCGCCACCGUACUGGGAGACCACCAUUCUGGCGCCCGGUCUUGGAGGGCCCGAUGAGGUCUACAUCGACGGAAUGCCCGUAGGCUCCAUCUUCAGCUUCAUCUGGAAUGGCAUGAUCAGCAUGUCCUUCCAACUCGUCGGCUUUUUGCUCACGUACCUGCUGCACUCGACCCAUGCUGCCAAGAAUGGAAGCCGUGCUGGUCUCGGCAUUACACUCAUCCAAUAUGGCUUCUACAUGAAAAGCGGCUCUCCGAAUGGUGCCGGAGGCAUGAGCGAAACGCCCUCUGAAGGCUACGCGCAACCACCCGAUCCAAACAGCCAUGACUUUGACCCGAAUGCCGUUUCGAACGGGGGUGGAAGUGGAAGCGGCAGCAGCAUCAGCGAUAUUGCGAGCAGCGAAUGGAUUGCGUACAUAUUGAUGAUUGUAGGCUGGUUCAUUUUGAUCCGCGCGGUUAGUGACUAUAUUAAAGCCAGGCGGCAUGAGCAGUUAGUACUGCAAAGUCCGGAUCGCGGACUCGGCGUCCCCAUUAUUGCUACGGGCGAGGCUUCUGAGACCGUGGUGUAG